AAAGAUUCUUAUACUCGCAACAAGAAAGGGAAAUGAAUGCUGAUUGUUGGGGGAGCCCUUUCUCCCUCCCUCUCUCUCUCUCUCUCUCUCUCCUCCGCUCUGAUUCCCAAUUUUCAAUUCCCUUAGAGAGAUAGAUUUUUCCGGCGAGGAUGCCGCCAUAGAUCAGGUUAGCUGAUCUUAUUAUCUUCACUCGAUUUCUUGUUCUGAACCCCAAACUUUUCUCUCUUUUCACCGAAAGCGGCGAAUUAGGUCAAACUCACCAUUCAAUUUCAAUCUUCUCCUUCCGCGCAACUUCAAAAAGAAAAUCAGGAGGGUGAGAGAGAGAGAACGAGAGAGAAUGCCGCGCAAUCGCGGUCAAGCCCUCCAACUGGCGCUCUGCCUGCUGUCUGUCUGCUCCGCCGUUCAAUCGGACACCGGCGAAAUCCAGCCGUCGAAUCACGGCCUACCCAACGAGAACGAUCCCGGGGACCCGUCGCCGGCGAUGGCGGCGUUCUUCGGGGAUCGACCGGCGGCGCCUCUGCCGACGGGGAGGAAUACGACGGAUCCCGUCUGGGGAGUCGCCGGAAAGGUGUCGCCGGCGAAACCGGUGAGCGGCGACCGUAUGCGGAGGAUGUUGCUGUUGAUUGGCGGCGUGACCUGCGGAGUUCUUGGUGUUGGGCUUCUGGUCGCCGCGGCGGCGUAUACGGUUCGCGCGCGCCGGACGGGCCAGCCGACUGGAUUGCGGGCCGGGUUUGGGCCUGGUUCGUGGGCCGGACCAACUCGGGGGAAAAUUAGACCGGCGAGUCGAUUGGGGGCCACUUGAGUUGGGGGAAAAUAUUAUCAUACCUAAGACGUGCUCAGCGGUGCGUACGUCUGGAGGUUAUUCAAUGGGUAUAGGGGGGUUAUAUCCAUGUUAUACCCUCUGUAACAUCUCUGUAAUCUAACUGUAACCUACAAAUAAGUUUUGUGCUUCUAUAGUUCCGAUAGCUGUAGGUAAGUUACAGGUAGAUUACGGGGGUUAUAAUGCGGAUAUAACCCCUGUACCCUCUGAAUAACCUCCAGACGUACGUAGACGUACGUUAUGUAUGCAAAUAUUUUCCUGAGUUGGGAGAGAAUGUGCAUGUGUGGUGUUAGUCUUUUCGAUCACUGUAUUUUUCCUUUUCCAUGCAUAUGUCCAAUUCUUGUGUAUUUA